AUGGUUUUUGAGAAGUCUCCCAGGUCGGCUAAUGAGGCCUGGCGUCGCAUCUGUCACGAACAUGAUGACAUGGUCAAAUUCAUGGAGGGUGGUGACGGGAUAGAAGAUGAUCAACGGAUGCUCAAGAGUUGGAAACCGCCGCCAGAGGGGUGUGUGAGCCUUUGUGUCGACGGCAGCUUCAAAAGUGAAACAGAAUGUAUGGGAUGGGGUGGCAUCUUUCGCGAUUCACAGGGCCAGUGGUUGCUUCGAUUUCAUGGGUACCAAAGCGGUGGAAACACACUGCAGCCUGAGGCUUUUGCUCUAGAACAUGGGCUGCAAGUGGCGUGGGAAAAAGGCUACAGAGAUGUUAUUUGUAGCGUGGAUUGCAGAGACCUUCUUCUGGCUUUGCAGGAUGGGGAUCGCUGUCAAUUUAUGCCAACUUUGAGGACCAUUCAACAGCUCUUGCAAAGGAGUUGA